UGUAUUUCAUAUGAUAGAGCAGAGCACCAAUCCAAAAAUGCAGCUUCCUUUCUCAGUUUGUUUAAUUCUCUUCUCAUUUCUUCUAUGGACCAAUCAUGCUUCAUCGAAAAGAUCCACCUACAUUAUCCACAUGGAUAAACCCUCCAUGCCCAAGGCCUUCUCCACUCACCAUUACUGGUAUUCUUCCCUUCUCAAAUCUGCCACUUCAGCAGAGGCGAAACUCAUCUACACCUACGACCAUGCCUUCCAUGGAUUCAGCGCUGUAUUGUCGACACACGAAUUGCAGGCUUUAAAGAAGUCCGAAGGGUUUGUUUCCGCCUCCGUAAGCAAAGCUGUCACUUUUGACACUACACAUUCCGUCGAUUUCAUCGGCCUCAACACCGCCACCGGACUCUGGCCUGCUUCAAACUACGGAAAGGAUGUGAUCAUCGGCAUCAUCGACAGCGGCAUUUGGCCAGAGAGCCCGAGCUUCAACGAUGACGGGAUGACCGAAAUCCCUCCCGGGUGGAAGGGAAUCUGCCAACAAGGACCAGAUUUCAAUUCAUCACUAUGCAACAAGAAACUUAUCGGAGCCAGAUUUUUCGAUGCAGCAUCUCGAGCAGAAGAUCCAGAGAGAUUCUUUAUUUCGGCUAGGGACACCGAUGGCCACGGCACCCACGUCGCGUCCAUAGCUGCCGGGAAUUUUGUGAACAACGUCUCCUACUUCGGAUAUGCCCCCGGAACUGCAAGGGGAGUUGCUCCAAGAGCUAGGAUUGCAGCAUACAAGACCGGAAGCAAUGAUGCCGACGCAUUAGCCGCCAUCGACCAGGCCGUUGCAGAUGGUGUCCAUAUAAUAUCCAUAUCCUUAGGAGACGAAACAGCCAAUCUGUUUGACAAUCCAAUCGCAGCAGCUACCUUUGGUGCCAGGGAGAAGGGGAUCGUCGUUUGUAAAUCGGCGGGAAACAGAGGCCCCAGCAUCGCCACAAUGACAGCAGGGAUCCCUUGGGAGAUUGUGGUGGCAUCCGGGACCAUUGACCGAUGGUUUGCAGGGACGAUCACACUCGGAAACGGCAAAACCAUCACCGGAUUUACCAUGUUUCCGGCAAGGGCCUCUGUGAUCGACUUGCCAAUCAUCUACAACGAGACUGUCCUUGCCUGCGACUCAAGUGAACUAAUAUCACAGUCGUUUGAGUUUCUAAGCCGAAUCGUUGUCUGCAAUAUUACAAACGAAGACGGACCUGUAGAUUUCUUUGCUGUAAUGCAAAAUCUGAUCAAUUCCAACGCUAGAGCAGCUGUCAUAAUUUCAGAAGAAUCCAUGAGACUCCGUUCAACAUACUUUCCUUUCCCAGGGGCCGUGAUCACCUCAGGACAAGCCGUAGAAUUGAUCGAGUAUGCAACCACCAGUGCUUCACCGACUGCAACCAUAGAUUUCCAGCAAACAAUAAUCGGGCCGAAUCUGCCACGAGGCUCGGUAGCUCCAGCCCUAUCAGGAUCCUCAUCCAGAGGCCCCUCCAAGACCUACCAGGAGAUCCUGAAGCCAGACAUUAUGGCGCCGGGAGUGCUUAUUCUAGCCGCGUACAGUCCUAUCGGCCCUGGAUCACAAAUUGGCGACAGAAUCUUGCUGUCAACAGAUUACGCUCUAGAGUCUGGAACAUCGAUGGCCACUCCUCACAUCGCCGGGGUGGCGGCCCUGGUAAAGGCCGUGCACCCAGAAUGGAGCCCAGCAGCUAUACAGUCGGCGAUGAUGACAACUGCUAAUCAUCUCGAUGAAACCAAACAGCCCAUCAAGGACCAGAGCUUCUUCGCUUACAGAGUUGCUUCCCCACUGGGGAUGGGGUCCGGUCAGGUAGACCCGAAUCGGGCACUUGAUCCUGGCCUCGUCUAUGACUCCACACCGCAAGAUCUUGCAGAUCUAGUCUGCUCGAUGAACUACACCCGCGAGCAGAUCCGGGCAAUCAUAAGAUCGAGCUACAAUUGCUCGAGGCGGUCGCCAGAUCUGAAUUACCCUUCAUUCAUAGCGCUGUUUAACUCUGACCAGAGAGGAAUGACGUUCACGAGAACGUUCAAGCGGACUGUCACGAAUGUUGGGAGUGGCGCGGCCACGUAUAGAAUGCAACUUGAGAAACCGGAGAAUUCGACAGUGACGGUGACGCCGACGACUCUGGUUUUCGGGAAGAAAUAUGAAAAGCGAAGCUACUCGUUGAGCAUACAUUAUCGGGGAGAUAUUGAGUCGACAUACAGACAGGGGUCACUGACGUGGAUUGAGGAGACCGGCAAGUAUGUCGUGAGAAGUCCGAUUGUCAUUUCUGGUGGAGUUGAUAAUUACGGCUAAUUUGUGUAAUGCUUUCAUGUUUCUGUGGUUGCCUGCUGAUAUGUGAUUUCAAUUAUAUGGUUGUGAGGUGUGAAAUUAUGUAAUAACUGUUGAGGCUGAUGCGCUUCUCUAUUUUCAGCAAUAAUGGAGUUUCUGGUUGGUUCUGCAA